AUGACAACUUUUCCAUCGAAUCUUCAAUUGAGGGACAGCGAACGAGAAGCGGAAGAGGGAUGCUCGAUCCAAUCUCAAUCCACACAAAUCUCUUCACAAAGUGCAGAAGAAAUCACUGAAACCACCGCUGGACCGUCCGUAGCUGGGAAUCAAUCCGUUCAGCCUUCUCUAUCUCAUCAAAGAAUUACUACACCAAUUCCUCCCGAAGCUUCCAUAAACUCACCGCAGCCUCCUCAAGCUCUUUAUCAAAUCGAAUGCGUCCACUCGUUCCUUGCUGGUAGAUUACAAAAGAUGGAUCAACAGAGUGUCAAGGAGCGGCCGUUCGAAAGCACCAAGAAUCAACUUGUUCAAUUUUCCUCUCGGCCUGUACACCUGCUAGAUAAAGCACUAGUGGUUGACAAAAACAUUUCGGAAAUGUCAAGUGUGGAUGUGGAAGUUGUUAUGGUAGCAGCGGUGAAGAUUGCUGGAAAAUUUGAACUCGGUCCUGAAUAUGAAAAUCGAAUGUGGGAUCGUCUUAAGUCGGUUGUUUGCAAUCCUAAACUACAGUGGCAAGAGGACAAAAUUAAUCAAUGGGAAUCUCAGCUUCUGGAAUUUUUUGACUUUGCCAUUUCACGCAAACACUUGUUGCACUUUCUCCAUAUUUUUGGUUAU